AUGGUUUCCUCUUCCUCUUCCUCUUCUUCCUCCCCCUCAUCCAGCCUACCCCUCACAGGUCUCAAGGUCGUCGAGUUCGCCGGUCUAGCUCCAGGUCCCAUGGUCGGCCUCGUCCUAGCCGACUUUGGAGCAGACGUGAUCCGCAUCGACAAGGUCGGUGCAGCUCUCAACGCCGAUGGGCUCUGCAGAGGGAAACGCAGCAUUGCAGUGGAUCCCAAGACAGGGGAAGGACUGAGGACGCUGAGGAGGCUGAUUGCGAAAGCGGACGUGCUGAUUGAUCCAUUCAGGCCGAAUGUACUGGAGAGGCUGGGUCUGGGUCCGGCUGAGGUCGAGAAGGGCUGGAAGGAAGAGGGGAUUGAGGGCAAUGCGAGGCUCGUAUACGCACGCUUGACCGGUUUCCAGCGGACGGGGCCAUAUGCAAACAUGGCUGGCCACGACAUCAAUUACAUUGCCCUCUCCGGCCUUCUCUCGAUGCUGGGGCCCCGCGGCGGCGCUCCUCAACCUCCGAUAAACCUUCUGGGCGACUUCGCCGGAGGCUCCCUCAUCUGUCUGAUUGGCAUCCUUCUCGCAUUGCUCGAGCGAUCAAAGUCUGGCAAAGGUCAGGUCGUCGAAGCCGACAUGGUCACUGGGGCGAGAUACGUGGCUAGUUUUCUCCUUCUGACAUCGUACUUGGAGCACCCUUCUUGGGGGAAAGUGGUGAAUAAUGGGACAGAUGAGGAGAGGGGAACGGGAAUGCUGGAUGGGGGAGCACCUUGGUAUGGCGUCUAUCGCUGCAAAGACGGCGGCUGGAUGAGCGUCGGCGCCAUCGAGCCGCAAUUCUAUUCUGCGCUUCUGUCGAUCCUCAAGGAAUCUCUCUCUUCCUCCUCACUGUCUCACCCUUCCCCGGCUGACCAACACAAGAAGGACGGCUGGCCUGCGCUGACACAGUACCUCACGGACGCAUUCCUAUCGAAGUCUCGGUCGGAGUGGGAGAACAUCUUUGUCAACACCGACGCCUGCUGUGUUCCGGUGCUCACCCGGGACGAGGCCGCCGUCUCGGGCAUCACGCCCGGUCGGUCGCAGGACCUCGUCGAUGGUGGAGAAACCGUGGUGCCCUCUCCUGCGCCGAGAUUGGCACGGACGCCGGCUAAGGUAGCCGCUGGAAGCCCUGAAGCUGGUGAAGACGAAGGAGAGUACGAAGCGUUGCUACCGUGUGGGGAGCACACGAGGGAAGUGCUAAAGGAGUGGGUGGGUCUCGGCGAGGAUGAGAUGACGGCCUUGGCGCGCAGCAGAGCGAUCAGCGGUGAUGGGCUUGAGGUCGAGGAGGACAACCUGAAAAGCAAAUUGUGA